UUGAAUAAAAACAAAAACAAAUUUAAAACAUACGCUUUUGUAAUCAUUUAUAACGAAUCUUGUGAGUGAUACUUAAAACUCUACUAUGGAACACAAAUCUUCAGAUUCUGAGCGGGAUCGGAUAUAUUUGCAAUACGCAGAAUUGGUCAAAGAGUUUAUAGCUGAACCAGAAGGAAAGGACACUGAAAUACUCUUCGAUAUAUGUGCCGAAUGCGUUCCUAGAUUGAGAAAUUAUUCAAUUUCAAAGAAGCAGCGUCCGCUUGUUUUGAGAUUUGCUGUAAGCCUUAUAAUUGCAAAACACAAUCGAGACAUUCGGCCUCUCGUUGAUUUGGUGAUAGAUGAUGCUGAGCCACUGCAAAAAUGUUUGAAAACACUCAUCGAAAAGAUCGUUACAUUGGAACGGUUGUUUGAAGAAGGUAAAGAUCACUCUACAAACCUUGAUGAUACUCGAAAUGACAGUGAGCAUGAAGAAACAUCAAAGCUUGAAGAUAUAUCUGAGGUUAAUUCAAAUUUGGAGACUCCAGAGGCCAGUUCCUAUAGGAGGAAGAAGGACAGUAAAUACAUCUUUAAAAAUGGUGUAAAAUACAAACCGUGUAUUCUUGUUGGAUGUAACGUGGAUUACGAAGUGGGAAACCGCACAGCUUAUCUGGAACACGAAAAAGUAUUUCAUCGGUAUGCCUGUAAACUAUGUGGUCGAGUUCUGGCUUCUAGGACAUCAUUUCGUAACCACAUACUUCUUCAUGACGGGGAAAAGGCUAAAGUGAAGUGUGAAUUUUGUGAUCGUACAUUCACUACCAAAGGCAGUAUGAUGGUUCACGUUCGAGACGUGCAUGAUAACAGUGGGGUUCAUUUCGAUUGUCAAUAUUGUGGCAGUGGAUUUACGGAGCAGAAAGAAUUGUUUGCUCACUUGCAUGAACACACGGAAUGUAAAUUUUGUGAUGAGAAGUUUCACGACCUCCCAAACUGGAUAAAUCACAAUCGCCGUAAACAUGCAAAUAUGUUGUACACGUGUGAUCAAUGCGAUCACAUAUCUCUUAGUCUUAAGCUUUUGGAUCGCCAUAAACGUAUGAAACACUAUAAAGACAAGCCCGAUCGAACUGAGCAUCGUUUUACAAUGUAUAGUAUCAACGAUGCAUUCUUUCAUCAAUGUCCGCAAUGUACAUCGCAAUUCACUACAGCAGACUUUCUGCAUCAACACAACGAAGAAGUCCACAAUCACCCUCAGAGCGGAAAACAGAAACAACUCACAGUUACUCGAAGAUCGAGAGAAGAAAGAGAGAAGUUUACCCUCCGAUAUAGUUGUGAUGUUUGUGGUAAGAUGUAUCGAUUCAAGAACUCGUUGUGGUCCCAUAAACACAAGGAACACAAUAUGCCAAAACAAAUGUCCAUAUGUGACGUAUGUGGUCUAAAUUUCAAACAUCAAUCCUAUUUAAAGGCGCAUAUAGCAAAAAAGCAUGCAACUGAACUACCAUUCCAGUGCAAGAGUUGCCCGAAAGCAUAUUCUCAAGCGUUUCUCCUAAAAGAACACGCUAAAUCUCACUGCGCGGAGAAAACAUACGGAUGUCCGCAUUGUCAUUAUCGAGCGAAACAAUCGCAUGCCCUGAAAGAUCAUGUACGCAGGUUGCAUACAUCUGAUCGUCCGUUCAAGUGUUCCAAGUGCGAUAAAGGAUUUAUAAACAGGAAUGAUCUACGCAAACAUAUGCCCACUCACAAUAAGACAAUGCCGUUUCAGUGUGAACAUUGUGAACAAAUAUUCCGACGAAGGAUGGAUGUUAAGCGGCAUUUUGCUAGAGUUCAUGUUGUGUCCAGGAAUAUCAAAAAGGAUACCCGAGCGAGAACAGAUGAGGACUCUGAUUUGGAUAAGAACAUGAAACUUCAAGACGAUGAGACAGAAAUCAUGCCUGAGGCGACGGAAUUCUUGCCCAUGAAAUCAAAUGCUACUAUAUCUAAAACAUGAGCAAUUCAUAUUUUUGGCAACACUGUAUAAAUAUUUUUUUUAGAAAUAUAAAUGACAGCUUAGGAUAGUUGGUUGCCUUCCUCAAAA